AUGGAACAGCAACAAAUGGAAGAAGAAGUUCAGAAUCCUACGGCAGAUGCUCCAAAUUACUCUCAGGCCGCUGAUGUCGUGGAGGUGGAAGAGGCAGUGGAAGGCCCAACUGCAAAAGAAGAAUUAGAGGAAGUCGGCGAAGAAGAUGUAUUUACCUCGGAAGAAGUGCUGUCUUUGUCCGAGACACUUCGAUCCCGCCGCAAGUCGAGUUUGUUGACCUUUGCCGCGAUCACCCUGCCUACUCUUUUGGUAUUUGGAUGUCUGACGUUCGCGAGCAUCAAGGCGCACCAGAAGAAGGCCACUUGGGCUGACCUCGUGAAACGCCAUCCUCCAACUCUUCCGGCUGUUCCACCCAUCGAACCUUCUUGGCAAGCGCCUCCUGUACACUCUGCAGAGGAGAGGGCUUCUCCAAACGUGCAAGUGGUGCGGGGUGUACUGUGGGAGCUGGUGAAUCAACUGGAAGAGGAGGACCCUGCUGUACCUUCACACCGGGCGCGCUCGAUAAUGCGGGAGGUGGCGAAGGUGGUGUCUAGUGGUCAAUCGACGAAGUUGAUCGGGAUGACUAUUGAAUUAGAGAACGUCACCGAAGUGGGAACCGGCAAACCUUUGCAAGGCCCGCGACCCCACUUGGUGACCAAGUUCAUUGGCGAGGGCGAUUACUGCAUCCUUGUUUCUGUUCAGGACGUGAAAACACGCCAGCACUCAGCAUUACGGAUCAACGUACUGCCGAAAGACGAACACCCAUCGAUUUUCGCAACGGGGGAAAGAACGGUCUCUGCUCAAAUGGUGCGUACAGCCCAGGCGAUCCUUGGAGUGCGAGGCAGCACUCCCCUUGCUGAUGUAGCAGAUGAGAAAGGCAUCUCUGCAGUUUCUGCAAUUGCAAAGAUUCGGGGCAUGCCGGAUGUGCUACACGCGAAGGACUUGAGCAUUCUCUCCACAGUCGAGGUGAUGAACACCAUUCAGGUUACCUUACGAGAUGUAAUAGAUGCCUUGGGUUUAGUGCCGACGGGCACGAGGGCAUAUUUGGCUAGCCGUGUCUUAAAAACAGUUCUGCAUUUGCAGCAUGCGGGGUGGAGCAGCAAUCAGAUCAACAGCAGCAGCUUUGCAGUACAGGAAGACGGCUCAGUCUUGUUGUUUGGGUUUGAGUCCAGUGUUCCUUUUAAUACUGUGAUCCCUGGAGAUGUAGGCGUUUCUCCGGUAUACACGGAGCCAGAGCUGCUAGGCAACAUCGUGUGCACCGAUGACUGCGAGUUUCAGCCCAUUGCAGACGCGAAAUCGGACCUGUGGAGUCUUGGAAUCCUUCUGUAUGAGAUCAUGAUGGAUGGGGAACUGCCCUUCGGCCUCUCUGGGGUCCCUGCCAAUGAGGAGUCCGUCGCUUACGUUCUACAACUGGGCACGCAUGCCUCUCCAGAGAGUUUGACUGUAGACAUGGAGUACAGGGGAAUACACGGAAGGUGGCAAAGCCUGAUCAAAAGGCUGUUGGAACCCAAGCGAAGCAAGAGAAUUUCGGCAAACGAAAUUGUCGAGGAGUUUCCCGAUCUUUUAGGCGGAUUGCCUGAACUGCAAGUGCUGGAAGAAGACGCUUUUUUCAACCUCUUCUUUCGAGAUAAUCCCAACUUCUAUAAACAACAGGCAAAGGUGCCGAUCGUAAGGAGAGCCCACGUUAACGACAAGCGCGCCGGCUCCUCUGGCGAAUCUCGGGCAAGGAAGGAUGGCAUAGGAGCCCUUGGUGCUGCAGCUGUCGAGAAAAAACGAAAACCCAGUAAAACAGAAGCGGUUGUGGAGGAAACGGGGGGACGUGGUUAUUUCGGUCAGCACGUGAAGGAGCAAUCGAGAGCAGCCAAAGUGGCAGACUUCCAGGAGAGACCGGAUCCAGAGAAAGAUAAUCAGAGAACGCGGAGAGAACAAGAAAACGAACAUGCCCAGGCACAGAGGAGAAAAGGGGAAGGCGGCAUUGGAGAGUCGCCCGUCACUCCGCAUAGCUCAGACCUACCAACUCGUCGUCCUUCUACUUUUGAAUCUACAGGAGGGAGAGCAGCGCUGUAUUAUUCACAAUUUGGGAAACGGCCCACAAAUGAAACAGGCAGUAGUCCAGCUCCUAACAGCGCAGCGAACGCCCCAGAGACGCCAUCUCCUUUAUUCAGUCGUUUCUUGAGUACUGAAUUCUCAGACGGAGGAAAGGGAGAAACACGCUCACAAGGUUUGAGGCGGCCCAUCGAUAUGGCAAGCAGCAGUGCAGGACCCAGCAACGCAGCAAGGCCUUUGGAGUUGCGGUUUGGACAAGGCCGUUCGGUGACCAGUGGGCUUGCAGAAGAAGAAGGCGGACCAUAUGCGCAAGGUUUGAGGCGGCCCGUCGAUGUAGCAAGCAGCAGUGCAGGACCCAGCAGCGCAGGAACGCCAUUGGAGGCGCAAUUGGCACAAAGCCGUUCGGCGACAGCUGGGUUUGCAGAAGAAGGCGGACCAUAUUCGCAAGGUUUGAGGCGGCCCAUUGAUAUGGCAAGCAGCAGUGCAGGACCCAGCAACGCAGCAAGGCCUUUGGAGUUGCGGCUUGCACAAAGCCGUUCGGCGGCCACUGGGUUUGCAGGAGAAGGGGGACCAUAUUCGCAAGGUUUGAGGCGGCCUUUUGAUGUAGCAAGCAGCAGUACAGGACCCAGCAGCGCAGGAACGCCAUCGGAGACGCAGUUUGCACAAAGCCGUUCGGCGGCUACAGGGUUUGCAGAAGGAGGAGAAGGACCCUAUACGCAAGGUUUGAGGCGGCCCAUCGAUAUGGCAAGCAGCAAUGUAGCACCCGGUAGCGAAGCGCCAACUGGUGGGGAGAGGGGACAUGAUUUACAAAGAUGGGGACAGGCCGCAGAUGCACCAGGCAGGAGUGCAGCACCCGGCAGCUCACUAACGCUUGUGGGGAGUCGCUUCGCGCCAAACAGUACCCUGAUUCCUGGGUCGGCGCAGGGAGGAGGAGAACCAGCUUCACAGGGUUUAUGGCGUCCCACGGAUAUAGCUAGCAGCAGUCCAACACCCAGCAGCGCACCAACAACUCCAGGAAUCCCGCGUACAAUAAUGAGUCGUUCCUUCUCUUCUGGACCGCCAGGAGGUGAACACGAACUUCGUGGACAAGGUGUUGGACUUUCUACAGGUAUACCAAGCAGCAGUGCAGUACCUAGCAGUGCGCCAAGCCCUUCGCCAUCUCCACCAAUCCCUUCCUUGGCUACUGGGCCAGCGGAAGAAGGAGACGGGGAAGCGCGUCCAGAAG